AUGCCCCGCACAGACGAAGCCGAACACUGGUUCAACGCCGUCUACUCCGCGGUGCAGGAAAUCCCGCCAGGCAAAGUGACGUCCUAUGGCCAUAUUGCUCUUCUUCUUGGGUAUCCGCAACGACCCCGUCAGGUGGGGAUUUGUUUGAAACAUCUCCCUUCGAAUUCGGAAGAGUACUAUCAUUCGGGCAAUGUGCCCUGGCAGAGGGUGAUUAAUUCGAAAGGCAUGAUUUCGCAUAGGGAACCCGGCAGUGCGGAACGACAGGCGGAGGCAUUGAGAGAGGAGGGAAUCCAGGUUGAGACGGAUGCUAUGGGGGAGUUCUACGUGGAUUUGGCUCGGUUUGGCUGGUUUCCUUCGGUGUUGCCCAGUGAGGAGGAUGAAAGUGAACUGGAGGAUGUAGUAGAUGGGUAA